UGCCGACGUUUGUGUUGCUCUGACCAGCAAUGUGCUAUUGCCGAUGUGCUUCAGAAUCAGUGAUUUGGUUGCUCCCGUUGUCAAUAGUAUGUCCCCGGAAGGUUACGCUCCCGAAGACUAUGUGAAUACAAUUGCGGAUGUUAAGAAUUUUGAGACUCUAAAAUCGCGCUUGGACGUUUGUCAGAUGUUACUUACAAGUUGUUGGCGUUCACAUAAAUACGUUUCUGCAAUAUUUCAUACUGUGGUCACAAAGCUGACGGAAUGCAAGCACUGUGGUGCCAUUGAAACAGCAAUUGAAGGAUUUGAGGCAUUGUGCGAAAAGCUUUGGUCGCUUGCUGUAGUUGGAGAUGCAGAUUUCAGGGAAUAUCCCAAACCAAGCAUUUGGAUAGAGCAGAUUAUCAGUUUAUUGGAUGGCGAAACCAGUUAGUU